ACAACACAUGUGCGUGGUUUAAAAGUAUUUUUAUUGACCUUUUUUUUUCUAAGCUUGACUGAGAAAAAUCACUAAAAUUUAGAGGUCAAGAAGUUUAUCACACAGCUGUUAAAGAAAACUCUUUCCCGGAAAAUGAUGAAGCGAAAUUCAGAUAAGGAAUCCGAUGAAGCAAAUCUCAUGAAGAAAGUUAAUCUCGUUGAGAGAAACCCAAAACCAUGUGGCUUGGCCUUAGUGAGCCCCCAGCGUGUUGGGAAGCACGAUUCAUCAGACAUUGUGGCAUUAGCUAGAGAAAUUGCAAAUGCAGAUCAAGCACUGAAGAAUAGGGCUUCCGGAAAGCUUAGUGUGAUCCUGGAACAAAUUAGAUUUCUACAGCAACAAGCGGCAAAGAUUAUAAAGGAAACAGAGGAGAGUAAGGAACUCAACGAAGUGGCGUGUAAUUUUCAAAAAAUCCCCGGGAAAACCUAUCACCUCUACAGAAGGGAAUCUGGACAGAAAUAUCUCAGCAUGCUUUCACCGGAAGAAUGGGGAGGAACGAGUAAUCAUGAAUUUUUAGGCAGCUUUCGCCUUGAGCACGACCAUAGUUGGACACCGGAGGAGGACACGGCUGAUGUGGAUUGCAAGAGACUCUGGUCGGAACGCCUAAUGCUGCAGGGGGUGUCAAAAGUGUUGGAGCUCGAGGAUGGUGAAAAUAAAUGAAUUUUACAUCUUC